AUGGAUUUCCAGACCCUUAACCACACUCUGCAAGAGUCGGUCAGUUCGAUACGCCUGAUUUACAACACGGCUCUCCUCGAACCUCUUUCCACCAUUGUUUCUUUCCUCAUUCUCAUCAGCACUGCGAGCUACCUUACAGGAUGGAAGCCCUGGGCUCGGAGCAACAAACACGACGCCGACAUACUGCUUACAGUCGAUGAAGAAAACGCAAGAGAUAUCAUCACCACAAUGGAGAAGACAGGCAAGAACUGCGUCGUCUUCUAUGGGUCGCAGUCCGGCAACGCUGAAGACUACGCCACUCGACUGGCCCAGGAAGGGAAGAGCUGCUACGGAUUGGAGACGAUGGUUGCCGAUCUUGAGGACUAUGACUACGACAACCUGGACAUGUUCCCUCGGGACAGCGUGGCCAUCUUUGUCCUUGCAACGUACGGGGAGGGCGAGCCCACGGACAACGCCGUCGACUUCUACAGAUGUAUCACCGACGCUACCUUCUCCGACGAUCGAAGCCCACCGCUGGGUAACCUCAGGUACAUCAUAUUUGGCCUGGGAAACAGCACGUACGAGCACUAUAAUUUGAUGGGAAGAAACGUCAACAAGAUGCUCGAGAGUCUGGGGGCUCAGAGAAUCGGCCAAGCCGGAGAGGGCGAUGACGGCUCAGGAACCCUGGAGGAUGCCUUUCUCACAUGGAAGGACGGUAUGUGGACUGCGCUUGCCAACCACAUGGGCUUGCAUCAGAGGAAAGCGGUCUACGAGCCCGUCUUUAAGAUUGCCAAAGAGCCUGGGUUAGCCACUGCCUCCCCUGAAGUCUACACGGGCGAGCCCAACGACAUGCAUCUCAAGGGAGUCAUCAAAGGCCCUUUCAACGCCCAGAACCCAUACAUCGCGCCCGUUACAAAGUCCAUGGAGCUCCUCUCCGGCACCAAUCGGAACUGUCUACACCUAGAAAUUGACAUUAGGGGAUCCGGCCUCGCAUAUCAAACCGGUGAUCAUAUCGCCGUCUGGCCGAUGAACGCGACUCACGAAGUUGACGAGUUCCUACACGUCGUCGGCCUAGAGGAGCAGAACGACGCCGUUAUUCGCAUUGAACCAAUCGACUCAACGACCAAAGUCCCUUUCCCCACGCCUAUCACCUUCGACGCCAUCGUCCGCUAUCGGCUGGAGAUUUGUGCGCCGGUGUCUCGCCAGUUCCUUAGCAGGCUAGUUACUUUUGCCCCAAACAAAGCAGCAGAGACAGAGAUAUCCAAGCUCGCCCAAGACAAGGCCUACUUCCAUGAAAAAGUCGGCAAGAUGCAAUACAAUCUAUCCAGAAUGCUCAACAUCGCCAGCGGUGGUGAGAAGUGGACUAAGAUCCCAUUCUCACUAUUGAUCGAGGGCCUCCCGAAACUCCAGCCUCGCUACUACUCCAUCUCCUCAUCUUCUCUAGUGCAGCCAGACACCAUUUCAAUUACGGCAGUUGUGGAGAACCAGGUCAUCCCUGGCCGAGCAGAUCCCUUCAAAGGGGUCGCAACCAACUACCUCCUCGCACUAAAACACCAUCAGGAUGGGGACGCGAAGGCCGGUUCGCUAUACGAGCUAAUGGGUCCAAAGAGAAGAUACGGCGGCGUGUGCUUGCCAAUUCAUGUUCGCUCAUCUAACUUCAGGUUACCUUGCGAUCCCUCAAAGCCAGUCAUCUUGAUUGGCCCAGGCACCGGCAUCGCUCCCAUGCGUGCAUUCAUCCAUGAGCGUGCACGGUUGGCAGCCCUGGGUCAACCGGUCGGGCGCACGCUUCUCUUCUUUGGGUGUAGGCGCCGGAGUGAGGACUACCUGUACGAAUCGGAGUGGGAGGACCUCAAGAAAAUACCGAAAUUCGACUUUGAGGUUGCGACGGCAUUCUCUCGAGAAGGGCCCACCAAGGUGUAUGUUCAGCAUCGACUGAAGGAGCGGGCUUCCGAGGUCAACAGGCUCCUGGAGGAGGACGCAAGCGUCUACGUUUGUGGCGAUGCCGCAAACAUGGCCAUUGCGGUGAAAGAAGUCCUGGUCCAGGUCGUCUCUGGGCAGCGACAAGUCCCCAAGGCCACAGCCGAGAACAUCCUGAAAGCUAUGAAGGCCUCUAGAAGAUAUCAGGAAGAUGUAUGGUAA